AUGGCUCUGUUCAUGGACUCAGAUUUCUCUCCACUGAAGCAGAACCAGCAGAAAGACAUGAUGGAUUUUAGAGCGUUAUUCGGAGAACAGGACCAUUGUAAAGAUGCGCGGAGUGAGAGCGCCGUGUCCUCCCCGGAGCCGGACCGAGCCGCGGGUCUGACGGAGGGUCAGAGGAAGAGGAAGAGGACCAUCUUCAGCCGGGCCCAGCUGUCGGAGCUGGAGCAGGCCUUCGCUGUGACUCCCUACCCGGACAUCACUCUGAGGGAGAGGCUGGCCGCGCACACUCACCUGCCAGAGAGCAAGAUCCAGGUGUGGUUCCAGAACAGAAGAGCCAGGAGUAUCAAGACUGGCAGACUCCCCAAGUCCACCAAGCCUGUCCUGGGAGUUAGAGGACCUGUGGAGUCCUGCUCUGGACCCAUGACCUCCGCUUUCCCCACCCCAACCACCCUGCAGGACAUAUUCAGGCAGGAGCAGAACCACCACUCCGAGGACGUCCCGCAAAUUUACUCCGACUGGAUCCAAAUCUACAGCAACCCUGUGUCAUCUCCACCGUCCUCCUCGUCGCUCCACCACCAGCAGCCCCCUCUGGGCACCUGCUCAAAACCCUCAGAGUCUCGACCCUGGGAGGAGGAGCAUCACCGGCAGCAGCACCUGGGACCGGCGCUCCCUGGUUUUCUUCCUAGCUCCUUUCCCCAGCCCAUGACCAGGCCGCCUCACCACCACCCGGGCUCGUCCCGCUCCUACCAGGCUUUCAGGAACUUCAAGCCCCAGAGUUUGGUUCCAUCCGGGGCUCAUCAGGCCGUGUACGGAGGCGGCACCGGGGGCGGAGGCGUGCACGCCUCUGUGGACCAAGUAGUCCCCUCUCACCCUCAGCCGGUGUACUGGGAGGUAACUCAGGGCCAAGGACAUCACCACCACCACCAUCAUCACCACCCACAAAUGGGACCACAGACCUCCAUGGGGUACAUCUCAGACCUGAUCUACAACGCCGCCAUCGUCACCAACUUUCUCGAAUUCUGA